GGUGUCGCCGAAAUUUGAUUUUUCUGUGGAUUUUUGCGUGGAAUUUGGUCAUACAUUGCCCCGUUUGCAUGAAACAAGAUGGGAGGCCAUAUUUGUUAUGUGUAAUUUUGCUCAGGAUGCGCGUUUCAAUUCAUGUUCUACAUUAUGGAAUAUUUUUGUGUUGAGUGCAAUUUUGGUAUUUUUUUAAAUUUUGCUGUGUGCGAUAUGAUGGCGCGAUCAUUAUACGAAAGUCGGAAUUACGGCUGUGGUGAAAUUCGUAGCAUAAGGCGCUUCUCGCCUUUAUGCCCGAGUCCUGGAAAAGUAAAACGCUACUACGAACUUUCCGAAUGUUUGAGAUAGCGACGUCGUUAAUAUUGCAGCUGAAAGCUUGCAAUGGAACAACAGCUAGGAGAUGGCCAAGUUACUGUUAUGCAGGCCGUGCCUGCAGGUGCAGCGGGACAACAAGUUCAGGUUGUACAGGUUAACCAAGCAGGACAAGUAAUACAAGGUUCUAAUGGGCAACAGAUUAUGGUUCAUGCAGUUCCACAGAGCCCACAAACCAUUCAAGUGGCAACACAGGGUGGACAGACAUUGCAGCCAAUUCAAGUUUUACCAGUUUCCAGCUUACAGGGUGGUGCAGGACAACAAAUUGUCAUACAGCAGCCACAACAGGCACAGAUCAUUCAGACUUCAGAUGGACAAACUUUUAUUUAUCAACCAGUGCAGAUUGAUGGUGGCGUUCAACAAACAACUCAGCCAACUGUGAUCAACUUGAAUGGAAAUCUGGUGCAGCUGGCAGGAGGCACAGGCCCUGCUGCUGUAACAGCAGCAGCUCCAGCCCCGGUUGUCACAGCAGCAACGCAACAGCAGAUCAACACCGCAAGUGCCAGCCCUGCUGCCACAGCUGUUCCCCAGGCUGUGGGUGUCAAUGGGAGUAAUAUUGUAAUGAUGGUGCCGGGUGCAAGUGGUGUGCACCAGUUUCAACGAGUACCCCUUCCAGGUGGUGCAGAAUUUCUUGAAGAAGAACCUUUGUAUGUAAAUGCAAAGCAGUAUAGACGUAUACUGAAACGCCGUCAAGCCCGAGCAAAAUUAGAAGCAGAAGGAAGAAUACCAAAAGAGCGACCUAAAUACCUACAUGAAUCAAGGCAUCGUCACGCAAUGAACCGCAUCAGAGGAGAAGGGGGCAGGUUUCAUUCAGGCUCAGUGAAGAAGAAACUGGAACUUCAACAGAAUAACAAUCUGCAAGUGGAAGCAAGAACAAACAUCAACAGUGUUCCUGUAACAUCAACUAGUUCACAAGUGGAUGCAGAUAACCUGGGAUCAACACUUGUCAUUGAGGUGAGGCCAUCAGACUGUCAGAAGGCAGGUGGUGAAUGGAAUAUGUUUGACUUGUCAUAGGGCUACUAGUGUUGCACAAGAUGUGUGAAGGCGAAUGCACUCAAUGUAAUUCGUGUCUUCAUGUGUGUAAAAUUUUGUGCAACAAUGAAAUGAAGAUUUGUGAAAUUUUUGCUAGCUCAGUGAUCACAACUGAGAUGUAAAGGCAGUGGUAUUCUUAAACAGUGUUAAGAGUUGUGUGGUGUCUCACAGGUGAGAUGCAGCUAUUUAUGACAGUCUGGUAAAUUCAGUGACAACUUGGUGUUUUUGUAAUAUGAUUGUUCAAGAGGGAGCAGUGAAUACUGCAGCCUGUCUCCAUGGAGAAUGAUUAAUAUUAAUCAUGUCUAUCCAAGAAACCUCUUUGUAAAUAAUGGCAGUGACUGACUGGGUUUAUUAUGUCAUCAGCAAUAGGUUUAUCUUUGCAGGACAGUUUUUAGACACUCUUAGUCUUCUCUUUAUUUGAGAAGACUACAAAUGACAGUGAUUCUCUCUACUGCUUAGGCAGUUUAACAGUAUUUAUGCAUAUUUUGUGUAGUUUUUAUUCUUGAUUUUCAAGACUGUUAAAAAUUUGUUAUGUCAUGUGUGUUAAAUGAAUCCUCCAAAAUAUGUAGAACAAUUUCAAGAGAGUGAAUUGUAUUAGCAUAAUUUUGGAGGAGUGGACUAAAUGUUUAGCAUUCAGCAUUUCAUUGCUGUAUGCUAGAGUAAAUGUAAAUAUUUGUGUUUGUAACAUGUGUAAUUUAGCUUGUAGAAUCAUUUUUAUAGUAUUUCAUUGAUUAAUUUAAAUAUGUGUGAUUGGGAAGUGUGCACAUGGAGUCUCUGGAAAUAGACCACAUAAAAAAAUUAAACUUUUUGUUGUUGUAAUCAGAUAAGUCCUCACUGGGUGAAAACACACAAUUAUGGUCUAAAAGUGUUGACAAGUGCUCGUCAUUGUAUUUUUUCUAUUUUAUUAUAUUCUGGAAUGUCUACUUCCAAGAUAAUUCUUGCCUUUUUAUUUUAAAAAGGUGAAAUCAAUUAUGGGUUAUGUGUUACUGGUCAGGUAGCUUUUCUUUCAUGAAACUAAAGACAAUAAGUUAAAAUAAUGGCAGUCACAUUGUGAAACACUCUUGCCAUGCCAGCAUUUCGUCACAUGUUGUAUCCCUGUGACUCAAAAUUCAAUAUUAGCACACCCUUUCCACUGUCAGUUGUUGCUAAACACUGCAAUAGAACCAAUUAUCUGUGAACCAACUAAGGAUACUGUUUCAGGUUCCUUGUUUAAAUGUACUCAUGCAUGCCGAUUGUAAUUAAAAGGUCUAUGCAAUUAUUUGCACAAAUAAAACUUGUAAUUAAUUAGCAGUCACUGUUGAUCAAAAGUUAUUGCUUCCAGCAGUUACAUGGUCUGCUUAGCCAAACUAAAACUGUUUUAACUGAUACAUAAUUAGGACAGGUCUCUUGUCCAUCUUAUGUGCAUUUCGUAUAUGGAAUGAAAAGAAACACUGAUUGGCCACAUAUAGAGUGAGGGCAGACAUUCAAAACAAGAGUUCUAAGAUUUGCUUUCUCUGAUCACAUGAUUAAUUAUCACCAUUUAAAUGACUGUUGUUAACUGCACAUAUCUGGAGAGAUGUUCGACUUGGCAAGUAUUUCAAAUUUUCUGCUCAUCAGUUAUGUACUCCAGUUUCUGAUACCCAGGGCUUAUCAGAAGAGUGAAACUACUAUAAAUGAGAGAGAUGACCAAGAAUGUAAUGAGUUAAGGGAUUGCUCAGAUUUGAAGAGACUGAUAGGUGCUCUGCUUGUACUGCACUGUAUUUGAUGGGAAAAGUGAUGGUAUAUUGUGAUCACAGUAUGAAAGCUGAGAAGCUCAAUUUCUUUUUAAACGAGGAAUUAUUUUUAGGCGACAAUCAGUUGUCUUUAAAGUUCCAACCUGCCACAUGUCAGCUGUGAAUCAUUGGCAUUGGAAUGAAUUGACUAAUUGUUUGCUUGUUGAAGGUUGGCAGUGGUGUCAUUCGAGUUGUGAAACUAAUAUUUAAUCAUGAAUUUACAUUGUGAAAUUAUCUUCUAUAAGAAGCUGUUAGACUUGUGACUAUGUCCUUGUCAUGUAGUAGCAGUUAUUUGGAGUUUGAGAGUACAUAAUGUAUUAAUUCUGGCUCUAUGGAACAUUGUUGAGUAAUGUAGAAUGCCUGUUUUUUUUCUCGUUGUAAUUUUUGGUGUACAUAAGGUUUUAUGAAAAAUAUGUUUUGUAAUGUGUAUAAAAUCUUUAUUCCUGUAAUUAUAGUAAAAAGUUUUUAUAAUUGCUGUUACAAGUAGUCUAUGUUACUUUUGUUAAGAUCAAAAUGUUAAAGGAAUAGUAUGAAAACAGCAUAGAAAGAAAUUUCAAAUGCAGUGAACAAAAUGAAAAUGAUUUUAUCCAGUAAUUUAUGUGAACAAUAUUUAAAUUUUAACUGUUUAUUUUUCUACUAUUUGCAACUGUGGAAUCAUAUUUAUAAAUAUCAUUGUCUUGGGAUUUCAGCUUUCACAAGUCAGUUGCUUAUCUGUAA